AUGGAUUUUGAUUUCAACGAAGCUCAAAAUUCAUUUUAGUUCCUCUAAGUGUAAAAUAAGUUACCAAUUAAGAUGUCUCACAAACUUGAACUACUUCAAGAAUGCAUCAAUAACUAAGUAAUUGACACUUCUGUUUUCCAUUCAUUGGAAUUAGAAGAGUGUCAAGCAUUGAUGAAGUUGAAUAAACAGGCUCAAAAAGAGAUGUUUAUAUAGAUUAUUAAGGGAUAUGCUUAUGUAAUAUCUUCUUUAUUUUUCCAAAGGCUAAUAUGAUUCCAUCAGCCAUAGGAGAAAUUAAGGGAAUUAUUGAUGUAAGGACUAAAGUGUUGAAAAGUUGGAAAUAAAAAGAGUUUAAGAUAGACUCUAAAUAAAGAACCUUUGAAAUAUUAAGGAAAAAGAACAGCAAAAAAAAACCAAGAAUUAUCUACCUAUAAUAUUAUACUGUUUAACCCUAAGAAUACAAAGAUAAGCGAUAUAGAUUUGUUAUUAUUGCUAAUUCUGAAGGUCAUGGUUACUACAAAACAUUGGUUUGUGGAUCUGAUGAUAAAGCACUUUAUGACAAAGUAAUCCAGGCACUUAAAACGAUAUCAUAAUUCAAGGACCAUGUGAUGAGGGGAAGUAUCCUAUUAGAAUCAAAUGAUUCUAAUCAACCAAGAGUCAUUAAUAAUUAACAAUCCUUAAUUACAACUAGGUAAGAUAUGAAAUUAGUGACUUAAUCAGAAAUUAUUCCACAAAAAUAAAACAUGAAUAUUAAAAUCACAAAACAAACAUUUGAAUCAGACUUAAGACCAAAUCAAUAAUCACAAUAACAAUAUUAAUAAUAAAAUCUUUCUUAGAAUAUGAAACAAUAAUCCAAUCCCAAUCAAUAAUUUCUAUAGAAUGAUUCUCCAGCUAAAUAACAGCAAUAGCUCUAAAAUAUAUAAUAUUAAUAAGUAUAAUAGCCUGUAAUAUCUAAUUUAUAAUAGUAAUAGUAACAAUAAUAAUAUUAAUAACAAUAAUAAUAAUAACAAUAAUAAUCCAUAUAUUAAUAAUAAUAUUAUUAAUAAUAAUAAUAAUAAUAAUAAUAAUAAUAAUUCUAAAAAAAUUAAGAUGAAUAAUAUAGAUUGUAAUAAGAUUCAUUACUUAAUCAAUAAAAAAUUGAUAAACAAAGAUAAUAAUAAGAAUAGUUAAAUUACUAAUUGUUAUAAUAAGAACAGUAACAAAAGAUUUAACAAUAAUCAUUGAUUCAAUAAGCAAAUGAAACAUGUUAAAAUAAAAAUGAAUUGAAAUAUCCUUAAGUUUUUCAAAUGUUGUUUGAAGAGGGAAAAUUUAAUUCUGAUUACUUUUCUAUAUCAAAUAAAUAAUUCACUUAAGUUUAUUGUAAAGAUGGAGUUCAAAUAUUGAAAGACUAAGGUAAUUCUCUUUGCUUUAGAUCAACCUUAACCAUUUACAAUGCAGAAAUUGAUAAGGUAUUUCAAUGUUUAGCUGAAAUUGAUUUUGUGAAAAAAUGGAAUGCAGUUAUUAAUCCAAAUGAAACUAAAUUAUUAAAUAUAAUGUAAAGUGAGAAUUGUGGAAUAAUUUAUGAAAGACACAAGCCUUAUGGUUUACUUUAUUUGCCCAGAGAUUUUGUGUAUCUCAGAUACGUUACAUACAGAGGAGAUGACAUUCUGAUUGUGGAUAAAUCGAUAGAGAAUGAAGAUGCCCCUCCAUACAUGAAAGUGAUUAGAGGAGAGAUUAAUUAUUAGCUUACGGAGAUAGUUAACAAUUAAAAUAAUAUUAUAGUAAGAAUUGAAACAGAAAUAACAAAUGGUGGUUUAUCAUCUGUGAGUUAAGACUGUGCAAUUACCUAAUGGUAUUUAAGUGAACUUUCACAUUUUCAGCAAUUUUUAAAAACAUACUCUGCUGUUUAAGAGAUAAUACAAUCUCCUCUUUUAUAAGUUUUAAAAAGUACAAAAGUAAAUAAAUAAAAAGAAAUAAUAAUCAUAGAUUAAGGAAUAUCUAGUAUAUAACAAUCUUAAUAGCUUUACUAACCACAAUAAGUUUAAUAUACUGAUAUAAAUUAAUAAUAAUAGUAAACUAUUCCAUAAUAAUAAUAAAUACAGAUAUAAGAAGGAUAUUAACCUUCUCCUGUAACUACUCCAUCUGAAUUUUAAUUUAAGUUUGAAUAAGUUAAUUAAACUCAUCAGAUAACUUUGGAUUCAUUACCAAUAAUAGCUACUGUACCAGAAACAGCUCCAUUAAUUAUUGAAAAUCAUAAAGAAAUAAAUGAAAUCUAAUAAUAUAAUAAAGAUAUUGAUGAUGCUGAUUUAAGUAAUUACACUCCAAGUGAUUUCAUUCAAUAGACAUUACCAGAAUUAUCUGAUAAGGAGAUGGCUUAAGUAAAACAGAUGAUAAAAAAUAUUGAACAAGGUUCAUAUGAUUAUACUGUUAAUUGUAUUACUCACAGAUAUGUUUAAGAACCAUAAAGGGCUAAGGAUGAAUAUAUCACAUAGAUAAAUGGAGGACAUUACUUUUUAAGAUAGGAUUGGAAAAGAGAUAUGAAACAUGGGGGAAUGAUAUUUUAUAAUUAAAAGAAGAUAGAAGCUUAAAAGAGAGUUAUUAAAUUUAUGUUAAAAUCAAUAGGAUCCAAUUUAUUAUCUGGUAAAUCUAUAUUAAAUAUAUCAUUACCUGUUGAAGUAUUUGAAAGUAGAUCUAAUUUAGAAAGGUUUUGCUAUUCAUUUACAUUUGCUCCUUAAAUCUUGGAAAAGGCAGCUAAAAUAGAUAAUAUUAUUGAAUAAAUGAAAUAUACAAUAGCAUUUGGAUGCAGUAUUAAUUUAUUAUAAUUAUAGGUUCAAUUAUUAUGUAUAUGUCUUUAGAAAAACCCUUCAAUCCUAUUUUGGGUGAAACUUAUUAAGGUUUUAUUAAUGGAUGCCCUGUAUAUGCUGAAUAAGUGAGUCAUCAUCCACCUAUCAGUGCUUUUUAAUUGAAAGGUAGAGGUUAUGAUAUUGACGGACAUAUUGAAUCAGCAGCCAGUAUGCAUGCAAAUAGUGUUACUGGAAAGAAUAUUGGAUUUAUUAGAGUGACUUACCACAAUACACGUUCGAAGCAAAUCUUUAUUCAAUGUCCAGGAGUAUUAACAGGUACUGCAUUUGGAACAAGAGUGUUUAAUAUAAAUGGAAGAUCAUAUACUAUUGAUUUAGUACCUAUAAUUAUGAUUUUUAGGAAAAUAAUUUAAUUGCUGAUAUGGCAUUUAAUCCUGGAAGCAAGAAUGUAUUCAAUAAGAAAGACUUAUUGUAAGACCAAUUUAUCGGUUAUUUGUAUAAAGUAAAGCCAGGAGUUUUGAAUAAAUAUAAGAAGGAAGGUUAUGCUAAAUAUACUGGAAUCGAUUUUGAUAAGGAUGUUGAAUAAAGAGUAAUAGAUUUAUUAAUAUAUUAGUAUUUUUCAAUCAAUGGGGUCUGGAAUUAAAUGGUAGAAUUUGAUGGGGUUAAAUUAUUUGAUACACUUGAGAUGAAUCCUCAUGUAAUGGUUAAUCAUCCAUGUCCUUUACCAUCAGACUCAAAUUUCAGAUUGGACAUUCUUUAUUGGAAAUUGAGAGAUUUUGAUAAUUCACAAAGAACUAAGGAGAUUUAUGAAAUCAAGUAAAGAAAUGACAGAAAAUGGAGAGAGAAACUUACAGGUAAGAAACAUUGA